AACUGCUUCUAAAGCCCAAAGCCCAUAAAACCCUUGUUCUUCUAGGCGAUUUCGACCGGUUAAAACCCCUCUCCAUUUGCGUGUCGGUUUUUGCCAAUUUUAAAUUUUUUAGUGCAUGCAUCUUCUUUUGUGCCUCGGAUCACAUAAACACUUAAAAUCCUAUGUUUUAUUUGAAUUGAAACCAGGAUAUUGAUCUCGUUUAGCUUCUCAAUUCUUGGUUUUGGAUUUAGUUUCUUCAGGAGGUUCUCUUCUUUUUAUGGUGGGCGAUUGUUUUACUCCAUCUUCGCCAUGGUUAAGACUAUUUGUGACCAGUGUGGUGAUAGAGGCUUCUCUGAGGCUUUAAUUUACUGUGACGAGUGCCAGAUUGCUGCUGUGCAUCGCUAUUGCUUAGCAGUAAUGCCGGCAGAUUUUGAGGAGCAUGUUAUUUGGUAUUGUCUGGAUUGUGAACAAAAGGUUGCAGAACCGUCUUCUAAAGAAAAUUUGAACUCUCUUCCAGCCAGGAAUUGUGGUUCUGGAAAUUUCGAAAUUGUCCAAGAAACCCAAUCUGAGAAGAAUGACAUUAAUGAAAAGAAUAUGGAGAGAAGAGACUGUAUUGAAUCAUUUGCCAAAGCAGAUGUUUGUCAAGGAGAAAUUAGUCCCUCCAGUCAUCUUGAGUUACAUUACAAUGUGAAAUAUGGAAAAAAUAAAGAUCAGAAGUUUAGCAGACAGGGAGAACAGGAUGGGAGCAACUCUAUUGAAGAGGCUGAAUCAGUGAGAACAAAAGCCACUGAAAUAGAUAUUAGGGACUGUAAAAAUAACCUAAGGGGCAAUUGCAGUUUGCAUUGCAGUGAAGGUGAUAAAAACAAUAAAAAUCUUGAAAGACAAAUUGAAUCAGAUGGGAGUAGUUCUCAUAAAGAGAUUGAACCAGUCAAAGGUAAAACCCCUCCACUGGUAACAAAUGACCCUGCAGAUAUUCUACAACAUUAUGACCUUAAACGGCCGAUUAUGAAGGUUCAAUGCAGUGAGAAUGAAAAAGGGGAUACUAAUUUCAAAAGACACAAGGUGCUAAUUAGGGAUGGCUCUGAUGAAGAAAUUGAAUCUGUUGAACCUAAAGACUCUCUUGUAGCAACUAGUAACUCUUUAAAUAUCCCAACACCAAGUUCUAAUGCCUGUUCUGAGUUGACCACUGAAGUGCAUUGCAAUCAGAAUGAAGAAAAUGCUCAGGGGACUAGAAGGCAAAAGGGAAUAGAGCAGGGUAGCUCUACUGAAGAGGUCAAAUCUGCUAAACAUGAAACCUCUCUAGUAGUUACCAGUGCGCCUUCAAAUGUCAAUAACAGCAUAUAUGUCCCUGCACAACCAAUAUUCGAACCAAUCUGGAAUGGAAGCUUCUACCUCCGCAAUGAGAAAUUUGGUACUGUUGGAGGACUUGUGGCUCAUUUGUCUACCAUGGCAUCUUCUAGAGUGUUUGAAGAGGCAAAGAGGUUUCCUGGGUUGCUUUGCCUGGAUUUACUUUCAAGGUCUGAUGUGUGGCCGAAUAAUUUUAACAAAUGUGGGCCAAGUGAUGACAAUAUUGCUCUAUAUUUGUUUCCAAACAAUGAUAGGGACGAAAAAGUUUAUGACAGCUUAGUGGAUGACAUGAUCAGCCAUGACCUUGCCAUGAGAGCUGUUCUUGAAAAUGCAGAACUCCUUGUUUUCACUUCUAUUGUUCUACCGAUACCGUUUUGGAGGUUUGAGUCGAAGUUUUAUUUGUGGGGAGUAUUUAGGGGAAAGCAAGUGUCACCUGUACAGGAAACACAAUUUGCGCAUGCAAUAACAUGUUAUCCGCAGAGCCUUGUUAGCCCUUUGAACGAUAGUGAGAAGAACGACAUCAAUAGAUUGAAGCAGCCUCAGAGCAUAGACAAUAUUGACUCAUUGGCUAAGGCAGAGGUUCAUCAAGGUUAUAUUAGUCCUGCUAGCCAACUUGGGCAGUUGUUGUCGAAUUCCUCGCUGGGUUGGAAAGCGAGAAGAGAGGUCGUCAGAGCCUUUACGAAGCUCAAGAUGAAAGCCGGUGAGUCCGUUAAAGAUCACAUGAUGAAAGUCAGCAUGUAUGUUAAUGAUUCCAAGUUACUUGGAGUUGAGAUUGGUCAUCAAACCGAGAUGGAUAUGAUUACUAAUACAUUGUCUGAUUCCUUUGCUGAGUUCAAAAUUAAUUAUGAAUUGAAUAAGAAGGAAUAUACCUUCACUAGGCUGAUGGAUGAGCUCCAAGAAGCUGAGAAAAUUCUCCUCAAGAAAAAGCAUGAAGAAUGCAACAUAAUUGAGGCCACUCCCAAGUCCUGGAAGAGAGGCAAACGGAAAUGGCAGAAGUUUAAGAAUAAGGGAAAACUUGCCCCUAGGAAGAAUGAAAGUAUUCCCCUUACUAGAAAGGGAAAUCUUGCCCCUGUGAAGAACAGAAAGAAAGAAGCCAAGCCAACGGGUAACUGUUUUCAUUGUGGUGCGUUCGGCCAUUGGAAGAGGGAUUGUCAAGUUUACCUAGCCCAGAGAAGAGGAACUGUUAAGUUUACCUAGCCCAAGAAGAAGACUGCAAAAUAGGGGUGUGCACAGUUCAAUUUAGAAAAAAUUUUGAACCACCCUUUGAAAAAAAAGGGUUUAGUAAAAUCUCAAAUCGAAACCUAAU